AUUGAUCUAUAUCACUCACACUAAAGAAGCAUAUCUAUCUUUCAUACUCUUAGAGCUAAAACAUCCAUUUUUGUUCUCUCUAUUGGUCCUUCUUUUCUAUUCCUAAUUUCUCAUCUACUAAUUUGUUUUUAUUUCUUCUUAUACACAAAAAUACAAAAAUGCCUGCCUAUGAAAACUCUUCAUCGGAACCCUCUGCCCGUGGCCAAAUAGUGUGUGUCACGGGCGCAGGUGGGUUCAUAGCUUCUUGGCUUGUCAAACUUCUCUUGGAAAAAGGCUACACCGUUAGAGGAACUCUCCGAAAUCCAGAGGAUCCAAAGAAUGGUCACUUGAAAGAGUUGGAAGGAGCAAGAGAGAGGCUAACUCUUCAUAAGGUUGAUCUUCUUGAUCUUCAUUCUAUUCAAUAUGUUGUUAAUGGUUGCCAUGGUGUGUUUCACACAGCUUCCCCUGUCACUGACAACCCUGAAGAGAUGUUGGAGCCGGCAGUAAAUGGAACAAAAAAUGUCAUUAUAGCGGCGGCGGAAGCAAAAGUGAGACGUGUCGUGUUCACUUCGUCGAUUGGAACGGUCUAUAUGAACCCAAAUACGAGUAGAGAUGUUGUGAUUGAUGAGUCAUAUUGGAGCAAUUUAGAACAUUGCAAAAACACCAAGAAUUGGUAUUGCUAUGGGAAAACAGUGGCUGAACAAUCAGCAUGGGAAAUAGCAAAAGAGAAUGGUGUGGAUUUGGUUGUUGUGAAUCCAGUUGUGGUUGUUGGACCAUUAUUACAAUCCACAAUUAAUGCAAGUACAAUUCACAUUCUAAAAUAUCUUAAUGGUUCUGCAAAAACUUAUGUGAAUGCAACACAAUCUUAUGUUAAUGUGAAAGAUGUAGCAUUGGCCCACAUUAUUGUUUAUGAGACAAAUUCUGCUUCUGGUAGAUAUAUUUGUUCUGAAACUUCUUUACAUCGUGGUGAGGUUGUUGAAAUUUUGGCUAAGUAUUUUCCAGAGUAUCCACUUCCUACCAAAUGUUCAGAUGAAAAGAACCCAAGAGUGAAACCAUACAUAUUUUCAAAUCAAAAGCUUAAAGACUUGGGAUUAGAAUUCACUAAUGUGAAGCAAUGUCUAUAUGACACAGUUAAGAGUCUCCAAAAGAAAGGGCACCUUCCUAUUCUCCCAAUGCAAGAAGACUCUGUUUAAUUUUAAAAAAUAUGAUAUAAUAUAUAUCCUCGUGGGGUAUUUUUUUUUAAUUAGAAUUUGAAGGGAGUUUAUAUAUAUAUAUAUAUAUAUAUAUAUUAAAUUUGAGUGUCUUAUACUAUUUUUAUGUAAAGUGUAACUUUAUAUUGUCGUAAUUAUGACAAUGAAGUUAUUUUAGUACAUUAUUUUUAUUUUCCUUUAUGUAUUUAUUUGUACUAUAUUAUAAAUUAAAAGUUAUAAUUAAACCCGCAAGAUGAGUACUAGUACUACAUGCCUUUAAAAUAAAGUUACUAUUUUGUGAAA